GUUGCCGUUGCCGUUGCCGUUGCGGCAGGUUCGAGUCGCUGGCGGAGUUGGAGUCGCAGAUUCGAUGAGGAGGAAGCUUCCAUAAAACUGUUGCGUUCAUUGGCCAAACUUUCAGUUUCGUUGUUGCCACGCUGGUGGUUGAUUCAAAGAUACAACUCACGUUGCAGAGACACAGGUCCCUGAGUGAAGCCUAAAUCGGAACCAGCCCUCUAAGCCCUCCCACACUCGCAAUGCGUCUGUACUGGAAUUUCUUGGCUAUGGCAAUGCUCCUGGUCGGGACCGCCUCUAGCCAGAGACCGGCGAGGUCCUACUAUCGCAGGAGCUACUAUAGUGCCCUGACCCCGGGAUCCGGCCAGGGCUCGGGAUCAGUGCCAGGACCCAUUCGAUUGGCACCCUCCGGCUAUCUACGCGCUGACCUGCAGACAAACGAGAGCAAGCGCCGGGACGUGACCAAGAAGUAUCCCAAGAAAUCCCACUACAGACCCUAUGGAUCGGAGGAAGAUGACUAUUCCGGAGAGCGCUACAACUCCGCCGAAUACUCGGGCGAGUCGUCGGUCCAAGACAGUCGGGAGUACACCAUCGGCACCCAGAUACGCGUCCAGCAUCCGAUCACAGUCCCCAAAAAGGCUGGCCCCAGCUCCAGCUACGCCAAGCAGCCCAAGUACGUGACCGCCAUUCCAUAUAAGAGCGGAGGUGGAGGUGGAGGCGGAGGAGGAGGUGGAGGCGGAGGAGGAGGAGGAGGAGGAGGAAGAGGCUUUGGCGGAGGCUACUCAUCCGAUGUGCACGUGGGAUCUGGAGAGGAUGUGUCACCACCCAAGCGCUCCAAGUGGACUCAGCUGCAGUACGAGCCAGAGCCAGAUCCUUUCCACCUGGUGCCGCCCCCCAAGGCCACGGCAUCGUCCAGCAGCAACUCCUACAGCGUCUUCGAACCGGAUCACGAUGACUAUGAGGUUGUGCCAGUGCCAGUGUCGCGGCCCAAGAGUCAUGACCGCUACAAGAACGUGGCCUCCAAGAAACAGAUCGAAGCCUACCUUGAGGACCAGCAGAAGCUGCUCGACGACGCCAUCAAGCUGCAGCUUCUCAACAAUCCCAAACUGCAGAAGUUCCUCAAGGCGCAGGCGCACGAGCACGAGCACGAGCAGGAGUCCAGGCCCGAUCUCGACAUCGAGGACUUCGAGUCCUAUCCGCCACCCAACUUCUCCGGCCCCGGCCCCCUGCGCAACAAAUACAUCGAUCACCCGCCACCACCUCCGCCCAGAGACACGCGUUCGCGCCGACGUCCGCCCAGCGGAGAUCUGAAACGGCCGCCCAAGUCCAAGACGAUCAUCAAGCCCAAGCGGAAGUACAGAUCCACGGCACUGGUCAUCAACGUGUAGAAAGCUGAGGUAGCAGUUAGUCCUAACACGUGUACUAUAUACUACCUUUAAGUGCGUAGAUUAGUUGUAAUAUAGUGCUGUACAUAAAAAAGACCAUU